GCCAGGAUCUAUUAUUAUUAUGAAGAAGAAGCAACACAAAUGACUUCAAGGGAGCGAGUCAGAUGGGAAUGGCGAUUUCCACAAUGACUAGAUAAUGAAUCAUUCCCAAAAUUAGUUCAACUGAAACAGAAAGUACAUGAAAGAUUGCAGCAAACGCAGAUCCCAAACCCAUGGUCGUUGAAACAGGGAUGGUAGUCAUCCUCAACCACCACAUCCCACGAACCCGCCAGCCGCUGCCGAGUCUCGGCGUUCUUCGACGAAGAUGAAGAGGAGAAGCUUCUUUUGGAGGCCCUGGAUGCGGAGCUGGCUCAGGAGCUCCAGUUCCAGGAAGCUCUCCGAGCGUCACUAAUCAUCAGCAGCUCUGAAUCUUCCCCCGCCACCGUGGAUGAAAUUCAGGCGGCACGGUUUUCACCAAUAGCACUGUCGGCGGAAAAUCAGAUCCCGCCGGGGCCAGAUCCCGAUUUUUAGGCGGUGAUUAAGUGGGAAGCAGGGGAAACGGGAAUCAUCCCUAUCUUUUUGCGAGAUUUGCAAGGAGAGAACUGGUGGUAGAAGAAACAGAGGCGGAGGAGAAAAUGCGACAGGGUUGAAGAAGAUACACGGAUCGCAGAUGUUCGACGGAAUGCCUGAAUUAGAACUCUCCUCUGGGUGAUGGAAUACCAUUACCAAAUUACCCUUGCCUUAAUUUCUGGAAUGUGCGAGCUCCGGUUUAAAGCGUCGAGGACAGGAAAGAGAAAUCCUACUGAAGCAAAUCUCUGUAGGAGGAGAUAGCAAGGGAGGGGUUGCAAAACCAGCAAUGGCAGCCACUCAUUUCGCUUGGACCUCACUCUGCCUACCGACAUCCUUUCCGGGGAAAUGCGACGUCCACCGGAGCUCCUCUGUCAAGCUUCUCCCGCGGAGAAGAGGAGCUUCAGUCUCGGUAACCGCCAAUUCGUCGGAAUCAUCACCAAAGGUCUCUGAGCAGCCUGUGAUCGAGCUGCAGUUCAUUGGGCCGAAGCCAGAGAGUGAUGGUAGGAGCUAUCCUGUGGAGGAAGCAAGAGCGGUAAGUGGGGAGAAGCUUCUGAGAACCAUCAUGCUCGAUAACAAGCUCGAGCUUUACGCGACGUAUGGGAAGGUAAUGAACUGUGGAGGUGGUGGAACCUGCGGAACCUGCAUUGUUGAGAUUAUUGAGGGGAGUGAUCUUUUGAAUGAAAGAACUGAUGCAGAAUUCAGGUAUCUUAAGAAGAAACCAGAAACAUGGAGACUGGCCUGUCAAACCAUUGUGGGGAACAAAGAAAACUCGGGCAAGGUUGUGGUUCAGAGGCUUCCUCAAUGGAAGAAAUGAAACUCAGAAGCUGAGAGUCCAUACACGAUAUGGGGUUGAACACUUAAAGCUAGACCCUUAAUCAGCAACCCUGAACAUGAUAAGCAAAGUUUGCUGGUGCUUUUGGAUGAGUGGCUGCUGGCUGCUGGCUGCUGGCUGCUGGCUGCUGCUGCUUCAGUUUGAGUUUUAGGUUGGAUCCAAUAACUGGUAUGCUCUGCAUUUUCGUACCGUAACCUAGUGUGGGUAUUGGGCCAGUGUUUAGAUUUGGGCCUGGUGGGCAUUAGGAUUGCUGGAUUCUUAACAGACUGUUCAAUACGCUUUAUUCUGGGGUCUGGGGUCUGGACUCAACAGGGAGGAUGGGAAAAGCACCCGAUUCCGAUUACAGAAUCUCCUUAUCGAUAGUCCAAGAAUCACGGUACCAACCCGGCUAGGCUAUUGGACCUAUUUGUAAAACUUGAAAAGUUUAGGUACCAAAAUGUAAGACCAAAAAAAUUUAGGUACCAAAACGUAAUUUUUCAUCGGUAUUUUGAG